GUUUACACAAGAAGUUCAUUUAUCAUAUUCGGUUCACCUCACCAUUUUAACACCACUAAUUUAACUUAAGGUCAGAAUAGGCGUUUGCUGUGUACGUGUGUCCUCAUAGGUCAAGAAUCCCCUUGUACGGGAAAGUGGGACGAUCCAGUCAAGUUUUCACUUCAUUCAUGGUUCAUUCAGUUCAGACCGGAAGGUCGACGUUAACUGAAUAACUACACCCCACUGAAUGAAAACAAAUGCAGGUGUCAACGAAUAUGUAAGCGCUGCUGAACUUCCUGGAGCUUUAGAGGAAUAUGAACGCGGAAGGUGUUUCCAAACGCACGCACAAAACGUGAGGAGGCGCGAUGGAUGCAAAGGACAGAGAGCGGCAACGGACACGGAACGCUUGCAAAAGAACCGACAGCUCCAGUGUCCUGCGCUCGCUCAGCGUCGAUAACGUAGACGAUAAUGAGACAAUGGCAGACGAGUUGGACCUGGUUAAACAUGGCAGUCUUGAACGGCGACUCAUUGCACCGCGGUACAGUUUGCUCCGUGAAGUUGGCAAGGGCAGUUAUGGCGUUGUGUAUGAAGCCAUUGCCCGUAAAUCAGGUGCAAGAGUGGCGGUGAAGAAGCUGCGCUGUGACGCGCCUGAGAAUGUGGAGUUGGCGCUGGCGGAGUUUUGGGCUCUGACCAGUCUGGAGAAACGCCAUGAGAAUGUGGUGCAGCUGGAGGAGUGUGUUCUCCAAAGGAACGGGAUGGCCCAGAAAAUGAGCCAUGGCAAUAAGCGUUCAAAGCAGUAUUUGAGGUUGGUGGAGACCUCGUUGAAAGGUGAGCGUAUAUUGUCAUGCCCUGAUGAGCCCUGCUACCUGUGGUUUGUUAUGGAGUUUUGCGAGGGAGGGGAUCUGAAUCAGUUCAUCCUGUCGCGACGGCCCAAUCCCCGCACCAAUGCCAGCUUCAUGAUGCAGCUGAGUAGCGCUGUGGCAUUCCUGCAUGAAAACAAUAUUGUUCACAGAGACCUUAAACCAGAUAAUAUCCUCAUCUCGGAGCGUUCUGGCAUGCCUGUGUUGAAAGUGGCAGAUUUUGGACUGAGUAAAGUGUGUGCCGGUCUGGCUGCUGGAGUACGGGACUCAGAGGAGGGACGGGACAAAAACAAAAACAGUGUUAACAUCAAUAAGUUCUGGCUUUCAUCAGCUUGCGGCUCAGACUUUUACAUGGCCCCGGAGGUUUGGGAAGGACAUUACACAGCCAAAGCAGACAUUUUUGCUCUAGGCAUUAUCAUCUGGGCCAUGAUAGAGAGAAUCACAUUCAUUGACGCCGACUCAAAACGGGAGCUUCUCGGGACGUAUGUGCGGCAGGGUUCUGACAUUGUCCCGGUUGGAGAGGCGCUUCUGGAGAACCCAAAGAUGGUGUUGAGUAUUCCUCAGCGCAGGCGCUCGCAUAUGCCUGAGGCACUCCGGAAACUUUUGCAGGACAUGCUGGCAGUCAAUCCUCAGGACCGACCAGAUGCAUUAGAACUGCACAGCAGGAUGGGACAGGUCACUUGCGCAGCGUGAACUCUGACCUAAAUGCCCACACAGGUAUUCCCUUUCCAUAACAGACCAGAAGGGACUUGGAAAACUGUGAAUCUUCCAUUGCUGAUUUAAUGUGAAGAGUACAAAGUACUCAACUUGAACACCAAUACAAAGUUUGCCACAAAUAGAUUUUCCCCUGACCAUUCACUUUUUUUGUUUACAGUAGUAAUUUAUAUGAAUCAUUCAGCAAGCCCAGAAGUGUUCAGCCUAAAUCAGUCAGCAGUUACAUCACUAAGAGUCAACAAUGUUAUGAUGCAAUGAGUACAAUCAAGCUAAAACAAGCAAGCUCUUUAUUAGUCUUACUGAGGGACUGGGACUUUAAAAUUCUGUUCAUGGAUCCUCCCUACUUGUUCAUCUUCUCAAAACAAUCUUUUGCCAUAACAAAUAAAGAAAAGUAUUUUAGUUAUUUUAUCUAGUUUUAUGAGAAGUGAAGCUUUCAGUUUUAGUGAGCAAGUAGUUCACAUUAGUCUUCUUUUUUUGAAAACUGCUUUUGCAUGUACAAACAUUGUUUGCAGUACAAAUACAUACACAAGAUACUUGACUACAUUUUGAGUUCAAGCAUUUUUACAUAUAUGCUCCUCACAUGUCAUAAAUCAUGUCAUUACCAUAGUCUUACUUGAGUUAAACAUAAAACUCCUCAGAACUUGAUCAUCUUUCUUUCCUCUGUCACAACACAAUAACUGAUAUUUCAAGACAGACUUUUAGAACUUGGUUUUCAUUUGCCAUGAAAAUGCUCAUGAUCUUAAGCCUAAAACCAAUAUUGAGAUAUUUUUCUCCUUGAAUGCAGAUUUAUCCUGAUGCCUUGAACUCUAGUGAUAUAAGUGAGAUUUCUUGUAGGGUUUUGUUUUACAGCUUAAUCUUUAAAAAAUAUUUUAGAGCUUUUAAUAUUUAAACACUUUAUAUAUUAGCCAUGUUCAGUUUACCCAUUCAUGUGCUAGAUUUUACAUGGUGUGAGAUUAUUUUUUGGCCAAACAAAUUGAUUGAUUCUGGUGCCCCUUUUACAAUGCUGCUGUCACUUAUGGAAAAAACGGUGUGAACAACCCUUUCUCACAGACACGCACACUUAUACAGUUUCAUGGUGUAGUGUUUUUUGAAUCUGACAUAUUAAGAUAUGGAUUUAGUUCUGACUGAAGGGAGCAGUUAAAGACUGUGUGAGUGCUGUUUGUGUUUUAUAUAAUAAAAUCUACUAAUGCAUUUCCACUGUAAAACAGUUUUUGUUUUUUGGGGGGGUUGUUGUUUUUUUUAUUAUUAUUAUUAAAAUCCAGUAUUUCCUUUUUGUUAACUGACUCCUUGAUGCUCUCAAAAGCAGGACGGGAGCUCAGUAGUGGUACCAUUGCUCUUUUUCAUCUCUAUCCUAAUUGCUUCAUAGAGAAGAAAUUGGUGUGUGUUUCCAGAUGUGGUUUUGCCGGACAGUUUGUGCGUGCUAUAGUUCUACCUCAGCACUCUUGUGUUUUAGUUACUAACUCACUAAAUUAACUAGCAGUGCUUUCUGUUUUUUGGAGAGACUAGUUCAGUAUUUUUCAGAAGGAUUUAUUUAUUUAUGUAUUUUUUUUAGUGUCAAGCAUUUUUAGUUCUUUUUUAUUCCCUUUUUUCCAUUUGCAACUGCUUAUUGCUGUCUACUGUAGAAGAAAGCUGAGGCUUGUGAGAUCAAGAUCUUUUUUUUUUUUUUAAGAUUAAAUCACCCUCAGGUUUCAGGUACUUUGAGCUGUAAUAUUCUGGACCGCAUGGUUCUUCUCUUGGGAACAAAAAGUGUUCUGUUACUUUUUAUGUUCAAUUAUGUUUUCAAUUUGUCAGCUAAUUCUUUUUAUUUUUAAUGGGAACAUUCAUUGUGAUUCUUUUAAACCCACUUUCGUUAUCCCCUUAUUUAAAUGAUUGUAUCUUUCAUGAGGGUCAGUUAAUCCUGGAGAGAGUUGGUAAAUGUUUUCACAUUUGCUUUUUAUCCUCUUAAUUAGGGAUCUUUUCAGUUUGAAUGUUUCAAAUAGCUUUUUUUUUUCAGAGAAUUUUGUCAUAGCAGUCAUUCAAACCAUAGUAUUAGACUGCAAUGGCACUGAGAAGAGUGAACUGAGUUCACUUCCUGUUCUAUCAUCUUUUUUACUCAAAUUCUGUUUUUUCUUUGUAUUCCUUGUUGUCCAACAUUGAGCAUACAGCACACUCUAUGCAACCUCUCCUUUUCUGACACUGUAUGAUGCUGCUCUGCUAAGCUUCCUCUUUAGACCUUGACAUUUUUGUUGCUUUUUUGUGCUCAUUUUAUGACUUUUUGUGGAGCAUUUUGUGCUUUUUGUGUGCAAAUGUUGAAUAUUUUUUGAACUGACUUUACUUUGCGUAAAGCACACUAGAGCUUUCGGAUGCUUCACUCAUUUGGGUGUCAUCCUUCAUUGUUUUGAUGUUGAUUUUGUUCAAUAAACCAUGUAAAAGCAUAAA